UGUAGUGUUCGGCAAGUGGCUGCUAUUACAUUUAAAAUAUAGACUUGAAUAGUUAUAGAGUUGGGUGCUAAUUCGCCUCAUCUGUAAAGACCAAUUUUAUAAAAGUUUUAUAAUAAGCAAUAUACUGUUUUUCUUUUCUAUCUUUUUUACUUCAUUCUACUGUACAGGCCUAGAUUCAGUAAUAAUGAGUAAAUCAGUGAUAAUGUAUGAUGAUGUGUAGAUGAUAACAUGUAAAUAACAACUAUGCAAUUCUUUUUACAGCAAGCUCCGGUGUGCAGUGCUCAUGGACAAUCUGACAUUCACAAACAGCAUUCUCCUCGUUGAGGGACUGAAAGUCACACCUCAGUCAUCUCAGUCUGUUUUCAUCAUGUUUCUCUUGGCUUAUAUCUUUGCAAUGGUAUCAAACAUAGGACUUAUAUUUCUCAUUUCAACAGAAAAGAAUCUGCACGAUCCUAUGCAUUUUUUGUUCUGUAACUUGCCACUGAAUGAUAUAAUGGGGACCACCGUCAUUAUGCCACGUUUACUUCAGGAUAUUUUAACUGAACCCUCAGAGCGUUACAUAUCUUAUGCAGAAUGUGCUAUUCAAGCUUAUUUUGUGCAUAUAUUUGCAGCAGGAUGUCACUAUGUGCUGAUGAUCAUGGCCUUUGACAGAUAUGUUGCUAUAUGUAAACCUCUGAGAUAUACAGCAAUAAUGACCAAUAAAAUGGUUAUUGCACUCUCAGCACUUGCUUGGGGCUUGGCCUUUCUUUUCGUGACAAUUAUGGUAGGACUCUCUUUGCGCCUGUCUCGUUGUAGGUAUAAAAUUGAAAAUCCUUUCUGUGACAAUGCUUCAUUGUUUAAACUGUCCUGUGAAAAUGUGUCUGUUAAUAAUGUGUUCGGACUUGUUUAUACUGUGGUUGCACUCAGUCUGUCAGCAUUAUCUAUAUUUGUAACGUAUGUCAAAAUUGCUACUGUAUGUAUAACCAGCAAGAACAAAGCACUCAACAGCAAAGCCAUAAAGACCUGCAGCACUCAUUUAGCUGUUUACUUAAUCAUGUUUCUUACUGGAGCCGUUUUUAUUUUCCUUCAUCGUUUUCCUGAAUACUCUGACAACAGGAAACUAGCUAGUAUAAUGUUUCACAUUGUACCACCAGGUUUGAAUCCCUUAGUAUAUGGUUUGCAAACCAAAGAGAUUAGAGAAAAGGUUGUGAAACUCUGGUGUAGAAAGAAGAUAAUGAUAACAUAGUAACAUAGUAAAUAACAUAGUAUUUUACAAAUGUGAAAUUUUAAAUAUUUACCCUUAGAUAAACUGUGGCACUCCAACAGUACAAACUUUGUUCUGUACUCAUUUAUUUUCAGUAAUUAUCAGAUUUUUUUUGUGUGGGAGUUGUUUGCGUCAUAUAUAAAGUAAUUUAAAUCUAAGUUGUAUACACAUUACCUGGAAAAGAGAAAAUAAAUGACGAGAAAAGAGAAUAUUAGUUUUGACUCACUACAAGCAAAAAAGAAAAAAAGCUGUCAUUUAAAUCAAGUGAAAAAACAACACAAUGGGCUACAGUAAUGUGACGUACAAUAAUGGGUUACAGAGCAACAAGAAAAAAAUACAAAAAAGGCUUGCAUCACAGUUUUUGUAUUUGCAAAUACAUGCAAUGUCUGCUCAAAGAUCUCUUCCUGCUUCACAUUGAAAAUAUAAUUGUAUACAGUUUAGACAUAAUUGGUUUGCUGAGAUCACUUUUUAUUUUAAAAAAGAAAACAAAAAAUUGCAUAUAACUAAAAAAGUUGUAUUUUCGGCUAUGUCAUAUUCCUGAUAUAUUUCUGACUUUAUUUACAUAGUUCAGACCAAAAGUUUAAAGGAAGUAAAUAAUUAGAAAAAAA